CUGAUGGUGACAGGCGACAGGAGUUAACUCUGAAAUGGCGGGUGCCACAGCUGGAGAGACUGCUGUUUAGUUGGCCUAUUUUGAACUCUAGCAGGCUGUUGUCUCCCUAAGCGGAGAACCUUUUGUAUUGCUGUCAAUGAGGUGAAAGUGAGAACAGAUUUGUACCAUGGAGAUAGACUUAGCACCAGAACCGCCCUCGGAGGGUGUGGCAGACUUGACUUUGGGUUCACAAGUUCGUUGCCGAAAGUACCAAGUGCAAACCCUUCUCUCGUUAUUUGGACAAAGGCAGCACAUGACCCCAGGUGCUCUGUUUGUGUACGGUCACACAGCGACGGGCAAGUCUCUGGUGGUUCAGACUCUACUUUCUUAUCAUAAACUCCCUCAUAUCCUGAUCAACUGUGUUGAGUGUUCAAGCCCAAGGGUCCUGUUUGAGCACAUACUCAACAAUAUACCGCAAAACCCUGAUGCGGAUAUCCCAGACUGUGAUGAUGAUGAUGAGGAGGAAUAUAUACAGUGUGAUGAUAUGACUAGUUUUGUGAGGCAGCUGACCAAUAUCGUGUCUGAAAAGCCCUUUGGAGAACAAACCUUGUACAUUGUAUUAGACAAAGCCGAGCGACUGCGAGACUCUCACAUCUUUAUGUUACCUGCUUUACUUCGUCUUCAGGAACUGACUGGUCUCAACAUCUGCACCAUUUUGAUCUCCGAAAUUGUAUGGGAGAAAUUCCGAUUCGGGACAGGAUUCAACGAGCCAUAUUGUUUACACUUCCCAGACUACAGUCGGCAUGAACUAAUGGAAAUCAUGUGCCUGGAUUCUCCGUCUACAUGUGACAAAGAGUUGUAUUCAAUGUACAUCAACAUCGUCCUGUCAGUUUUCCACAUGGUCUGCAGAGACCUCAGAGAACUGCGACAUCUCGCAAAAUUGAAUUUUCCAUACUUCAUAGAACCUGUUCUGAGCGGGGAAGCGGAUGCUACUCAGACAAGGAAGCUUUGGCGGAACAUUGAACCACACCUUAAAAAAGCUUUAAAAAGUGUCUACUUGAGGGAGGUGUCCAGUCAGCAGUGGGAGAAAAUGCAGCAGGCUGAGCUGGAAAACCCUGAUCUGGAACAGACUCUAACUCCAUCCCAUAGAUGCCAAGUAGAGCUACCAUAUUAUUCCAAAUUCCUGUUGAUAGCUGCUUACCUGGCUUCAUACAAUCCCAUGAAGUAUGAUCGCAGGUUUUUUGCCAAAAAUGCAGGUAAAGUGUCCAAACGCUCCAAACUAGUGAAAAAAAAUGAGCGGGCCAGCAACCAUCUUUUAGGCCCCAAAGUAUUCCCGAUUGACAGACUCAUGGCAAUAUUCUACUCUAUUGUGGAGGGGAAAGUGGUCCCUUCUGCUCAUAUUUAUGUACAGAUCAGCUCUUUGGUAAGCUUGCAUCUGCUGAGCCAGGUGAAAGGAGAGGAUAGAAUCGGCAUGCCAAAAUACAAGUGUCUAAUCACUUUGGAUUUUAUCAGGUCCAUUGCAAGGACUGUUCAGUUUGAUGUGAUGAGGUACCUGUAUGACUUUUUGUGACCUGAAUCGACUUCAUAUAGAUAUUACUUUCAACAAAUAAUGACAAGCUGCAUUUGUAAGCCACCUAUGUAUUGUGUUCUACAGUUUUUGCUGAAUUUGUUUGAAGUUGAAAUUGGAAUGGCAUUUCGUUUGUUCAGAUAAUUUUUUUGCAUUGUGCAAAAUGUUUUUGGCAUGUCAUGUUUAAUGUCAUGAGGUUUUUAAAAAUAGUUUACACUUUCUGUAAAGACAGUCGAAAGAAAAUGAAAGAGGAAAAUUUGUGUAAACAAAAUUCAGCCGUUUUUGCUGUAUUAACCUUUUCUGGACUGCAGAAGUUGGAUUAAAAUUUGUUUUAUAGCCUGAGUAUUGACACUACUCCCAUUUAUAUCUUGUUUAUAGAGCAUUCAAAAAGAUAAAUAGAGGAGGUGAGACAGACUCUGGUGCUGUAAUGUGGUGCCUUUAUUCUCUGGUUUUGUUUUUUUGUUUUAUAUAUGUAAAGUUGAGUUAUGCUGUACUAAUUUCUCCUCUUUAAAUGUUCACUUCUGAGAAAGAUCAGUUCGACUGAGAUUUAGGUAGGUGCGUCAGUCAACGAUGUUAUUAUUUUUUUCUCUCCUGUUUAUGUUUUUGAAAACAAGAAGUCAUUGGUUUGACCUGUUUCAGAAUCUUUUUUAUUCAAGUCUAUGUGACAAUGAUGUUGAUAAAAGUAUGAGAGGUCAUCUGCGCUUUGGUCGUACUUUUUUGUGUUUUAAUUAUCACUACUUCAUGCAUGUUGUUCUUUGCUUAAUUGUUGGGCUUAUGAUAAUAAAUCUGACAUGUUAUCAUCAUU